GCAAUGAACUAUUUCAUUAUGUUCAAUUUCGAAAACGUUGUAGACUGUUUUUGGAAAUAACGCAACUAUGGUUUCAAUGUGGGUAGAGAAAGGUAUAUGUAUAAUAGCAGUGGACCAAGCACUAAACCCUAAGUUACAUCAUAUUAAUUCGCGUGGUUUAGGUUUUCUAUGUUGCAGUCUGUGAGAUAAAUAGAUGAAAAGCAGUUAAAGUAGCAGAUCAAUUUGAAUUUAUUACUCGACAAUCGUGUCUGCGCAGUCAGUAAGAUAAAUAGAAUUUAUAUUCAAAUAUUUGUAUGAUGUGUUGCCUAUACCCAUGGAGUAAAGUGAUAAAAAAAUAGUUGAACGAAGUAAGCAAACACCGGAAAAAAGUGGUAGAUAGGGAAGCACAUUUGGCGGCAGUGAACUCCACCUUGUUUUUAGAAUUCAAUGUUUGGCGGUAAACAUUGGCGCGCAUCUGGCAACAGCGCCAGCCAAAUCGCUUCAUUUCAAAGCCGCAAUUUACACGUAAAUAAAAAUAAAACAGUUUUUUCUCAACUUGUUAUCGCCCUUAUCUUUCCACAAGGACAAUAAAUAGAAGCCAUAAACAUGUCUACACUUAGUCAUCUUAGGUCUACUCGCACCUUACCAUUUGCCGAUAACUAUUGCAAAAAUGAACACUGCAAAAAUUAUACUGGAGGAAGACGAGUUUGGUUUAUUCACUGACAAAACAAGCGGAAAGUCGACACCCGUCCGAAGGUUUACGUGGAGAAAUAAAAAUCGUGUGACCGUCCAAGUGAUUACCUACGGAGCGACUAUUACAUCAAUUAAAGUUCCCGACAAAAAUGGGGCGAUCGACGACAUUGUCAUGGGAUUCGACGAUAUGAAAGGAUACCUCAACCCGCUAAAUCCAUAUUUUGGAGCUACCGUCGGUCGAGUAGCCAAUCGUAUUGGCAACGCCACGAUCAGAAUAGAUGGGGUUCAGUACCGUGUCACCGCGAAUUUAGGAAAUCACACCCUGCACGGAGGCCUGAGAGGAUUUGAUAAGGUGAACUGGGAUUAUUACGUCAAUGGUACGAAAGUGAUUAUGAGUUACACCUCCCCUGAUGGAGAGGAGGGGUUUCCAGGAGAUGUCUUAGUUAAUAUCACGUUUCACUUGAACGAUCAAAACGAAUUUUUGGUAAAUUUCAAAGCAACUUCUACCAAGCCGACGUACGUAAAUUUGACGAACCACUCAUAUUUUAAUUUGGCCGGUCACGAAAUGGGCGCGACAGAGGUGUACAGGCACCUUAUAACCAUUAACGCCAAUGAAACGACUGAGGUUGAUGAAAAUUCCAUUCCAAGUGGUAGAUUGUUGUCGGUAGUCGACACUCCGCUGGAUUUACAAAUUCCGAAAGUGUUAGGCGACGUUAUACACACUAUUCCAAAUUACGAUGGGUAUGAUCACAAUUUUUGCAUCAAUAAAGGGACCGAUCAGGGUAUUGCUUUUAUUGCAAGAGCUUUACACCCGCCGAGUGGAAGAGUAUUAGAAGUAUAUAGCAAUCAGCCUGGUGUUCAAUUUUACACGUCCAACUCCAUUCCAGGUGAUCCUAAAGACGAUAAAGGGGAUCAAAGUAAACGGCUGAUAGGUAAAGGAGAAUGCGUUUACCACAAACAUGGCGCCUUUUGUUUUGAAACGCAGAAUUGGCCUGACGCCAUCAAUCAUAAAAACUUCCCAAAAGCUUCACUGUACCCUGGAGAAACGUAUGAUCAUACCUGCAUUUACAAAUUCUGGAUUAAACCAUGAUGUAGGUAAAACACACUAUUAUCAUUGAAUAAGUAAUUUAAAGUUAAUUAUUCAACGCUAUUUUGUAUAAAUUUAAAAAAAUAUUUAUUUUAUUUUGAUCAUUGAAACAAAAGUUUUAUUUAGAAUAAUAUAUUCACAAUUUU